AGUGCAGGGAGCGACCGUGCAGGAGAGACGUAGCACUGCCUGGAGCGACCGCGCAGGAGUGACACAGCAGUGCAAGGAGCGACCGCACAGCGCUGGACAUUGACACGGCAUCUGUUUACGCUUUACAGUCAAGAUGGGGCCUCUGCUGAUGGCGGUAGUCGGGGCGAUGCUGUCGCACGGCGGCACGCUCGCCCGACCACAGACUGAAAAAGACGCGUUCCUCGGCUCCCUGCUCGGCGACACCAGCACCAGUCCCAAGGACAACGGCCAGUUCAUCGCCGGCCUACUUGGCGACACGUCGCCGCCAAAGGAAGUGGUGCGCUGCGAGCGAGGCCAGCACGUCUGCACGCCCUACUUCCGCUGCGACGAGGCGAACAUCCUCAGCGAUGGACUCGGCGGGUUCGACCUGCGCAUCGGCAAGCAACAGUUCGAGAGCGAAUUUGAAUUUAUCACGCAUUCGGAGUGCCCGCGAUACGGCGAUGUCUGCUGCACGCGACCGAUUGCCGAUCCCGAUGUCUCUGAACCAUACGUGCCGCAGUGCGGCCGCCGCAACCAGCUCGGCAUCGGCGCCAGAAUCCUCGGCUUCAAAGACAACGAGACGCAGUUUGGCGAGAUCCCCUGGAUGGCGGCCGCGCUGUACGUGGAGAAGGUGGACGGCGCGGAGCGCAACUUGUUCGAGUGCGGCGGCUCGCUGAUUCACCCGCAGGUGGUGAUGACUGCCGCCCACUGUGUGCACAGCCUGAACGCGACAGCACGCCUGCGCGUGCGCCUCGGCGAGUGGGACACGCAGCAGAAGAGCGAGCGCUUUCAACACGUGGACGUGGACGUGGCACAUUUCGUGGCGCACGAGGAUUUCCAUCCGCAGCGCCUCAGUGACGACUUGGCGCUGCUCUUCCUGAAGGAUCCCGUUGAGCUACAGGAGCAUAUCGACACGCUGUGCCUGCCCGACCCGGAUGUCGUAUAUGACCAGGCCGAGUGCAUCGCCACCGGUUGGGGCAAGGAUGCCUUCGUUGCCGGCCAGUUCCAGACCAUACUGAAGCAGAUCGAGCUGCCGCUCGUGCCGCACGCCGCCUGCCAGACUGCGCUGCGUAAGACGCGGCUGAAAAAGUACUUCGCGCUGGAUCGCUCUUUCACGUGCGCCGGCGGUGUGGGCGGCCAGGACACGUGUACCGGUGACGGCGGCUCGCCGCUGGCCUGCCGCGACCCGCGCGACCCCGACCGCUACAUCCAGCUGGGCGUCGUCUCGUGGGGCAUUGGCUGUGGCCUGGAAGGCGUACCGGGCGUGUACGCCGAUGUCGCACAACAGGUACCCUGGAUCCGUGAGCAGGCGGCUUUGGCCGGCCUGACCCUGUAGGACGUCAGGAGCCGGCCUCAGGAGCCGGCCGGACAGACGUCCCGGUGGAGGCGGGAGGCGAGCGUGGGUCGGGACUCGCUGUGAUAUGGAAGCCGAAGUCGGCUUUGCAGGCCGUCUGGAGCCAACAACAGGGUAGCUGUAGAUGCGUUGGCCAGGAUACCCGCCGCGACGCUGUGCUUUGACGAGAGUUCCCCUGCUUUCUUGGCCGUUGUACUUGACAUGCCACCACUUGUUGACUGGCAUGGAACUCUCUACGCUUUGGUAUCACGUACUAGAUGAAGUGUAUUGGCGAAGAGAUGCUCGAAACUAAAGGUAAUUUUGCGCUUCGUUUAAGAAAUAAGCAAGCAUCAUAAAUGCUCACCAGCUAUACCACAGCAGCCCACGUACCAACAUAUGAGACAUUACAGUGAGCACCGGGCAUAGCUCUCUGAGGUGAUUCCAAACAACCGCGCAUUCUCCAAAGCGACGUCACCGCCUGAGCAGCCUCCUGAAGGGACUCACGCAGCCCUGCACUGUGACCAGUGAAGCAUGGCCUGAUUACUGCACGUACAGUGAUCCGUAGACGGUCACUGCACGGGACAUGACGCGUGACCGAUCACUGCACGGGACAUGACGCGUGACCGAUCAAUGCACGGACAGUGACCCGUGACCGAUCACUGUGUAGGUACACACAGUAUACACAGUACACGUAUAUACACGUAUACACAGUGAUGGGUCACGCAUCCCGUCCAACAUCGGUGGGGCUUCCCGGCAUAGCGUGAGACAGUAUGUAAACCGGCCAUGGUUUGAAACUGCCCCCGCCAAACCAAACACGACCAUUGGGCCGAGAAAUCAGUACGGUUAUUAGUACAGUACGGCCCGACGCUCCAGUUGACCGGCCCGCAUCAACAAAGCAGCGCUAGUUGGUGACAGGUUUGUUGACCGGGGAAAAGCGGCGUGUGUAGCCCUGCCAGGUGGGAUUAGACGCCCCCCCCCCCACCCCCGCCCCACCUUCGUAUUGGCAAUGACGGAGAGGUCAAUCCAUCCUCCGAAAUUAAUCAUCAUCAGUUACUGGUCAUGCGUCAUUCCCGGCCGGCACUGCGUCUCGGCCGUGCUCGGCGCUUGGCCCGCGUGAAGCGAAGAACUGGUGUGUCAAUAUGCGCCAGUGAGUUUGUAAAUACAGGUGACG